AUGGCCCGGAGAAAGUAUAAGUGGAAAUUCACUUUCUUCUAUUUCUUGAUACUAUUGAACAUUUUCACGAAUUGUUUACCAAUUGACAAGAAAUCGAGGCAGACCACGAACGAUGCGACAUUCUCAGAUUCGAAACCAGACGCAAACCCAGCUGAGUUCCACUUGUCCCAGCCGGAUACUUUUGAUGAAAAAACUAAGUUUAUCCCAGAGGAUGAUUCGAAACGAACUGCGAUUGUGUCAACUAAUGCAGAAAGAAAUCAGGCAGGAGAAACUGUCAGACCAGGUCAGACGAUUAGUAGCUACGAAGUGGAAAUCACCAUAGAAGAAAAUCGUUUCAAAGGAAGAGCCGUUAUUGAAUUGGAACUGGAUGCCAAUACGAGGGAUGACCCCAUAAAAUUAUAUUCAGAGGAUCUAGAUGUAACCAGUGUACGGACCGGGGUCUUUACGGAAGCCAACAGCCUAGCAGCCACUUUCAGACUUAGAGAUGGUUUUUUGGAGAUCACUCCCGUACAGAGUACUACUUCAUACGUUGUUGUGGUGGAAUAUACUGGAAUACUAAGGAAUGACGGCAACGGUAUCUAUCGCGGUGAAGGAAAUGGCGUGUCCUACCUGGCGAUGAACCUACACCCUACACAUGCGCGGCGCGUGUUCCCUUGUUUUGAUGAACCUAACGAGGCAGCCAACAUACGUUUUACGUUCAACGACGUCGAAUAUAGUAACAUUGUCACAAAUUCAUUGCCCGAAGAAAAUGCAGAGAAUCGGUUCCGCGCCCUCGCCAGUUCUCCCCACAGGUGGGGAAUGAUCGCCCACGAUUUCAUUAAUCUUAAUAUACCAACAACGGACGUGCUGUUGGUAGGACGACCGGGCCUCAGUAACCAAGAUUCGCAAGCUUCAUUAGCUAUCAAUGCAUUCUUCAGCUUCCUGAACGAAUGGACAGAAAAGCCUUACUUCGAGAUCAUUCUUAACCAGGAAAGUAGGAUGCACGUUAUCGCCUUACCCGAUGUAGAUCGUGACUGGCAUGCUCUAUCCAUUGUUGGCAUUUGGGAACCAUAUUUGUUGAUGGAAACGACAGCUUCUGUUAAACAAAGAAAAACGGCGCUUGUGAAGAUAGCAGAAACCAUGGCGAAGCAGUGGUUUGGAUACGUCAUGUACCCCGAGAACUGGAGAUUUGAAUGGGUCGUGACUGGCUUGGCAACUUAUGCAGCGUAUGAGGCUGUUAUUAGUUUUCAAACAUCAACUGUGGCAAAUGAUGUCACAUUGCUGGACAUGAACACAAUCUUCGUCACAGAUAUAAUUCACGAAAGUAUGCUUCAUGAUGCUUACGUUAAUGCAAAUCCCUUAGAACCCAAAGAAGAGCUCUAUGAUGAAGAUGAAAUUAGGAGUAACAUAUACGGGCUUUCUAAACUAAAAGCUCCCGCUAUUCUGCAUAUGUUGAAAUUAGUGCUUGGUGAUGAAGGUCAAGACUUCGUUCAUUCUGCCGCCAAGAAUCUGCUUCGAAGAAGGUCGGUGGAGACGGUGAACACACAUAAUUUGAUCGGCGCCAUUAUCGAUGACUGGUCGAUCAAUGGCAACGAAAUGAUUGAUGAUAUAGAGUCGUUCUUAGAACCUUGGAUCGAAAACAAUGGUUAUCCAAUGAUACACGUUGGACUGAGACAAGACGGUUCUGUUUUUAUAAUGCAGGAGAGGUUUAGCUUCACACCUCAAGCACACGUCAACUAUGAAAUCCCCAUCACAUAUACGACGAAGGCCAGUCCCAACUUCAACAAUAUUCGACCGAUACUCAUGAUGGAUGCGACUACAAACCUCAACGUUCGUCUCACCGGAGACGAAUGGGUGCUUUUCAAUAUACAGGGACAAAGCUACUACCGAGUCAACUAUGAUGAUGAUAUUUGGGAUCGGAUCCUUGAAGCCCUCGAGGACCCUGAGGAUAGAAAAGUGAUCCAUCCAUUGAACCGUGCCAAGCUCGUAGAUGAUGCAUUGAAUUUGGCAAGAUCUGGAAAAUUGGAUUAUGAGAUAGCAUUCAAGGUAGUUCUAUCUAUGGAGCACGAAACCGAGUACGCUGUAUGGAAAGCCUUCGUCAGGAAUAUGGACUUCUUGAGAAAACGCCUAAUUGCUCACGUCACAGAAGACGACGAUUUGGAUCCUGAUAUUUAUUUGAGGAUGGUGCGUAGAACUGUGGGUGCGCUUGAAGAUGAAAUUGGAUUCAAUCCUGAUACGUCACUCACUGAGCCUGCAAUGGUUUCCUUGACCAGAGGUCUGGUAAUGGAUCACGCCUGCAGGGCCAAUUAUGAGCCAUGCAUUGCAGCCGCUAUCGAUUUGUUCUAUAAUCCCAAUAACAAUGAAGAAGUAAAUCCCAACAUCCCAUCUGAUAUCAGACCAGCGGUCUACUGUACCAUGGUAAGAGAAGGAGAUGAGGACGUGAUAGAAGCAUUGAAAGCUAGAUUGGAAGUUGAGGCAAACCAUUACGAGCGAGUUGUCAUAUUAGAGUCGUUGGCCUGCUCAGAUGAUCAAAACUUUAUACGAGAUUACCUUGAAGAAACGAUAGCUGCAGGUAAUGAAUACGGUGUAGAAGAAAGAGUCAGGAUAUUUAGAGCAGUAGCUGAAAGUAGUUACGAGAAUGCAAGAGUGGCUUUAAGCUUUAUUUCAAUGCGCACUAAUGAGAUAAGAGAUAAUUAUGGCGGCCCGAAAAAAUUAGAAGAGAUACUUUUCGUAUUGGGUGAGAACAUGGCGAAUGAUAUAUUAUCUGAAGACUUCCGGAUUUGGGUGAGAUCGCAGUCGAAUGAUUUGGAUGAUUCUCAAGGAGCUGCAAACAGGGCAUUGGCGAUUGUUCUUGAGAAUGUCAACUGGAUUGAGCGCCAUCAGGAUUAUGUCUACGAUUGGAUAGACGAGAACGACGCACCGACUUUAGCGGCGUCAUUAAUUCUAAUUUGUAUAACAAUCUUUGUUACUCUAUUUAAUAAUUAG